UUUUCGUUUCAGUUUGACGACAAGUAACCGUCUAGAGAGAGAAACUCAAAGUACCGAACUCAAUAACCGUUUAGAGAGAGAAACCCAAAGUACAGAACUCAAUACAAAUAGAAACUGCAAGUUUUUCCAUCUCUUCCAUUGCUAUUCUCUUCUCCUUUUCUUGCGAAACAAAAUCACCUAAGUUUCUGAUCUUCACCUCAGCGCAAAAUUCUCGAAUCUUUCCUCAUCAAUGGAUUCCGAAACGGAAUUCCCUGUUCCUAAUCGGAUGGAAUCCGAACUCAUAAAGGAAUACUUUGAAACUGAAUCUCGAUUCAUUGCUGUUAGGAGCUACUACCAAAUUUAUCAGAACGUUCUUAUACGGAAGGAUGCUGUUUCAAUAAUCGCCAGGGUCUCGAGGAGAAUUGAUUCUGAUACAUAUAUUCCGUAUCUUGCUAUGAACUACUUUGAUCGCCUCUGUUCAAGGAACACAAAUAUCAUGAAGGAUAAGGACGUGGAAGGUCGUAGUGCUGAGGAAAGAUUUCGAUUGAUUGCAAUGGGUUGUCUCACCAUAUCUGCCAAGAUGAGGACAAAAAACUUCUCUGUUGAUCAGCUUUUGAGCGCCAUGAAAUCCAGGAAAGGGAAUAUAACUCAUCAGAUGGUAAAGAAAGUGGAGAAUCUCAUUCUUGAUGAACUUAAUUGGAAAAUGCUACCGGUGACUGCCUUCUGCUUUCUGAAUCACUAUUACCCUUACUUCAAAGAAUUCGGUGGCUUUAGACGUCGUUGCAUCAAUGAGAUCAUAGUUCAAGCUCAGGGAGAACACACAUUUAUUAGAUACACACCUUCUCAGAUUGCAUUGUCCGCGUUUAUGGCUGCUUCCAAAAUUGCAUACCCCUCAAAAUAUGACAAAAUACAAAAUCCUUCUAACUUUCACAAGAUUGACAAUGAAGAGCUGGUGAAGAAAUGUUCGGAUCAGAUGGUAGAUCUUUGCGAUAGAUGGAACAUCCAUAUUGAGCCUGCUGAAUCAGGAAUUGGCUCCCCAUGUAAUAAAGUAAUUUUGCUAGGACCCCCAGAGGAAACCAAAGAAGUUGGAACUUCAAAGGUAAAGGAAAUCCAACAAAGAAAUAGCAUGGCUGUGGUGGGGGAUUCAAGCAAGAGCAAUGCUGCUGUGGUGAAUUCAUGUGAGGAAGAAGAAAAACAAAAUGGAACUGCGAUAAUCAACGGGUUUGGAACUUCAAAUGCAAAGGAAAUCCAACAAGGCAAUGGCAAGGUGGGUUCAAGUGAAGAAAAAGAAAAGGAAAAUGGGACUGCGAUAAUCAACGGGCUUGGAACUUCAAAUGCAAAGGAAAUCCAACAAGGCAAUGGCAAGGUAUCUGUGGUGGGUUCAAGUGAAGAAAAAGAAAAGGAAAAUGGGGCUGCGAUAAUCAAUGGGGUUGGAACUUCAAAUGUAAAGGAAAUCCAACAAGGCAAUGGCAAGGUAUCUGUGGUGGGUUCAAGUGAAGAAAAAGAAAAGGAAAAUGGGGCUGCGAUAAUCAAUGGGGUUGGAACUUCAAAUGUAAAGGAAAUCCAACAAGGCAAUGGCAAGGUGGGUUCAAGUGAAGAAAAAGAAAAGGAAAAUGGGGCUGCGAUAAUCAAUGGGGUUGGAACUUCAAAUGUAAAGGAAAUCCAACAAGGCAAUGGCAAGGUGGGUUCAAGUGAAGAAAAAGAAAAUGGGGCUGCGAUAAUCAAUGGGGUUAGAACUUCAAAUGUAAAGGAAAUCCAACAAGGCAAUGGCAAGGUGGGUUCAAGUGAAGAAAAAGAAAAUGGGGCUGCGAUAAUCAAUGGGGUUGGAACUUCAAAUGUAAAGAAAAUCCAACAAGGCAAUGGCAAGGUGGGUUCAAGUAAGGAAAAUGGGAUUGCGAUAAACAAUGGGGUUGGAACUUCAAAGGUAAAGGAAAUCCAACAAGGCAAUGGCAAGGUGGCUGUGGUGGGUUCAAGUGAAGAAAAAGAAAAGGAAAACGGGACUGCGAUAAACAACGGGGUUGGAACUUCAAAGGUAAUGGAAAUCCAACACAGCAAGAGCAAGGGUGUGGUGGUGGAUUUAUGUGAAGAAGAAGAUGAAGAUGAAGAAGUUGGGACUGCGUUAAUCCAGCGAAGACAAGUCAUGAGAAACACAGAUCCUUCUCAUGCGCAGGUGCGCAUGCAGGUGGAUGUGAUCCAACUCCCGAAAGAUGAUAAAGACAGGGUUGAGGAUAUAAUCCGACGAUCACUGGAAAAGUGCAUGGCAGUAGAGGCUGAAGAGCCACAGAUACAGAUGAGGGGGUCAAGUUCAGGGAUUGUAGAUCUUGUUGAACCAUUGAACUUUAAGCUGAAGUGGUUCAUUUGAUAUUUCCUCAAUUCGUGGAGGCAUAACAGUCACAGACAGUAAAUGGUGGCUGGUUGGAGUAACUGCAACAUCAGGACAUCCUUAAGACAUUUUGCUUUGGAUCAUGUCCAGUUCAAAAUGUUCUGGUAGUUUCUUGUACGGUUCAAACUAUUGAAAUGAGCUUUUGAUACUUUUCUAAUUGAAUUUUCAGAAAUAAAGAAUGUUCCAAGCACCAA